ACUUGUAACUUUUUUGGGUGUGAAGGUGAACCAUGGUGGCACGUACGACGGAUCUCAAAUCACGUUUGAUAUUAUUGUCUAUUGUAACGAUUUACGAUAACAACAUUUAAAUUAGUAUUUACUACUAAUUAGUAAUUUCUAAUUAUUCAGUUUACAUUUUGUUCUGCUCAUGAAAUGUGUUGGAUGUCUUACACUUGUUGCUGUCAAGAUUAAACAAAUCCACUUUUUUUCUUUUAAAUAAUACUGUCUUAAUUCUGUCAAUUAAUAGUUGUAUGUAAAAUUUUUUUUUUUUGUUUACUACACGAUUGAAAAUAUGAUUUUCUUUAAUAAAUUUUUGUUGUUUAUUGCAUUAAUCAUAGUUAUUAUUAACUCAGGUGAGUCCUUGGAAUGUUAUGUUUGUACAAACCAAGAUCAAAACCAUGAAAAAUGUUUGAACACAAUUAAGACAUGCGAACCAGAAGAAGAUAUGUGUUUAUCAGAAAUCAGUUGGGGAUCUCCACCAUAUUGGGUUGAAGGAGGUAUUAAACAAUAUUAUGUAUCAAAGAGAUGUGCCACGAGGGCUACAUGUGAAGCUGUAAAAACUAAAACAAUGCCUUCUUGCACAUACUUAUGGUAUCAAGAUUGGAAAUGUGCUGAAUGUUGCUUAGGCGACCGUUGUAAUUUCUACAUCACUAUGGGCAGUAGUGCGGUAAAAUCCAAUCUGAUUCUGUUAUUGGGAUGCAUCGCUGUGUUGAUUGGGUUCCAUGUAACCAAAACUGUAUAGUUUAAUUCCAAAUGGUUGUUAUGUUCUGCCUUAAGACGGUUUUUUUAUAUACUGAACUUUUUUUUGUAAUUAUUUUACUACUAAAAUAGUGUUUAGUAUUUUCAUUCAUCUGUAGGUCACAUUAGUUUCUGCUCUAUUUUUAUUAUAAGCAUUUAUAUAUACAGUGGUGUUUUUGAGGGUAUACGGCGUUACCUAUUUACAAUUUUGUGAAUUAGCGUAUACUUUGUGAAAAUAGUAUAAAUACGCAAGUCUACGCUUGUAGGUAUACCUUAAAAUUUAAAAUAAUUAAGCAAUCUGUAUUAUUAUUUGUUGUCAUGGGACAUUUAUUAAUUAAUAAUUAUCUAUAAGUUGAAACCGUGUAAUAAAUAUUUAGGAUUGUUUAUCACCAUGUUGAAGUGUAUGUCUUUGUAAGUAGUUUAUCAUCAUUCAUGGCCGUGAUUAUUGCAAUUUUUUUUUAAUAAGCCUUCCACAGAGCAAUAAUUGCCGAGAGAGUUAUUAAAAGAGCUACCCUUUGAAAGGUUGAAUCUCAUUAUCUUUGCACUUAUAAAUUUAUUGCAUGUACCACAUUUGUUUCAUUGAAUUAAGUUCAUAAAUGAGUAUAUAUCCUAUACAUUUUUUUACAAAAACAUCACUGUAUAUAUAUAUAUUAUAUCAUAUUUUAUCAAAUAUUAUCAGUAUUAUUUUUAACUGUAAGUGAAAAGUUCCGUCCAAAUAUCAGGUUUUGAUAUAAACUUGUAUAUUUCCGUCCAAAAUAUUGUACAUGUCCUAAGUAUCUUUUAUAAUUAUAAUUUAAAAACAUUUUGUAUGAUCGUGUUGUUUAUUUAUAUAAAAUAUUUUAAUUUGUAUUUUGAAUUUUUUUAUACUUUCUUGUACUGAUUGUUACGAUACAUAGCCGUGCGUAGACUUCAAUUUCUGGUUGAGUCUGGGCAAUUAAAGUGCCUUAAUACUAAGACCUAAUUUUUUUUUUAUUAUUUUUUGAAAUUAUAUUACAUUUAUGAAAUAAACAUAAUAUUAGUAAAAUA